UUACAGGAAAUGGAGCGGUCAUAGCUGAAAUUACUGCAGAGGAGUAAAAACCUUUUCCUUGUAAAUUGCAUGUCCAAACUACAUAAGGAAACCGAAAAUUGCAAUUUAAGCACUUCGAUCGUGCUGUGUCACAGUAGCAGCAGCAGCAGCUGAAGACAGUGAGAAUGGUCGGGCGAGUGGAGCGGGGCUGGGCUGGCCAAAUCGACACAGCAACCAAAUAUCCAAGAAACAUUAAACCGAAAGUGUAGCUACAGUAGCCGUUAAAGUAGAAAUCGAAUAGAGGAAAUAUACUUGGGGCAAUAUGUCAACACAAAAGCUGUCAGCGAUUUCAUUAAUUCGAACAAAAGCGUCGAAUGAAUGUGAAAAAUAGUGAAAAAGCGUACUUAAUACAAGAAUGCACGACAGACUCAGAGGAGCUAAUGUAUCAUCAAGUGCGCGCCUCAUCCUCGUGCAGUGCACCACCUGAUUUAUUGCUUGUUAGCGAUCGCGAAAAUAAUAUACCGCUUAGAUCGCCUGUUGUUAACAUAAUAACAACAUCGACUAAUGCCAGCGGUAGUUCGCAAAAACAUCAGCAACACCACCACCAGCAACUGCAGCACCAGCAACAUAUUCCGCAACAAUUACAGAAUGGUACAAAAGACACAACUAGUAAACACUUAAAGAUGAAUAGCAAAAAUAGUAGUAAACUUGUAAAUACAAACACUUCAACACCGCAACAGACAUUGCAACAACACCAACACCAACAGCAGGAUGAAGUCGAUGGACCACAACAGUCGCAGCAUCAACGUCAUUCCCAACCGCCACAUAAUAAGGAUGAACGUAUACGUUUAGAAGUAUUUUACAAUUAUUACGCCAUGCUGACUUUUACGACAUUAGCAGCAGUAGAUGGCGCUGCCGUCUGUCAUGUAAGAAUGGGUAUGACAAUAGCGACAUUUCCGCAUUCGUUACGACGAAUGUUCCCAUCUUUACGUCUCUCACUUUCAGGGCUUGAAGAGGAGGCUAACUAUUGCGUUUUACUGGAAAUGGUACCAAUUGGUGAUUGUCGUUAUAAGUUUUCGGGAUCCCAAUGGGUACCAGCGGGUGGUGCAGAACCGCAAAGUCCUCAACGUAUGUACUUACAUCCUGAUAGUCCAGCCUCUGGUGCACAUUGGCAAGCUCAGCCUAUACUUUUUAAUAAAGUUAAACUCACAAACAAUACACUGGACAAUAACGGGCACAUUGUAUUGGCGAGUAUGCACAAGUAUCAGCCACGCAUCCAUAUCAUUCGCACGGCGGAUCUAACGCAGAUACCGUGGGCACCGCAACAAGCAUUCUUAUUUCCAGAAACUGAGUUUGUAGCAGUCACUGCCUAUCAGAAUGAUCGCAUCACAAAAUUAAAAAUCGACAACAAUCCAUUUGCAAAAGGUUUUCGUGAAACUGGACAGUCGCGAUGCAAGCGUAAAAUGUCUUCAUCACCCUCCAAUGAAGAUCAUGAUAAUAAUAUGCAACAGGAAGGCCAACAACAACGACUUUUACAACAACAACAAAGUGAUCUGUCGCCGAUGAAAUCCAAUUCAACAACGAACAGUAGUGAUUCGGUUCCGUCAAUUUGUUUUGAUAAAACUGCAUUAGGAGCUUUGCCCGAAACCAACGAUUUUGAAAUUAGUCAACAAAUUAAACGCAUAAAAUCAAAUGGUUCCGCUUGCUCUACAACGUCGCAAGAAGAAAUUAACAUAAUUAGUGAUUGUAAAAAUGUACUAAACGCCUUAAAUCUGGAAAAUUGGUGA